CAGCUUAACCAUUUGGGCCAGCCCAUGGCCGGCGUCCCUCUGCCUUCCUCAACCUCAACCUCAACCUCAACCUCAACCUCAGGCUGUCGGUGAUCAGCGGGUAGUCAGCUACUCGCUUUAAGACUAGGGCAAUGGGACGCACCUCUUUCAUUUCUCUCCCCUCAAGUUCAAUUAGAUGGAAAAUUUCAAGUUCUGUCAUCGAAAGUUCAUCAACACGAGGCCUGCAUAGUGCAGAGUAUUUUACCUGCAGUUUGCAAACUUGUAAAGAUAUCAGAUUUGUGAGAAAGCUUCAUGCUAGCAUUCUUUCUCAUGGGCUGGGUGAGAACAUAUUUUUGGGGUCCAAAUUAUUGAACUGUUAUGCAAACUUUGGAGGGUUAUAUGAAUCAAGAUUGGUGUUUGCUAAGAUUUUUAACAAGAAUGUUUCCCUUUGGAACUCCGCUAUUGUCGGAUAUCAUAGGGCUGGCCAGUUUGAGGAAGCUCUUUGGUUAUAUAAAAAUUUAAAAUUUAUGGGGUUUGGAGUUGAUAGUUCAGCUAUUACAUUUAGUUUGAAGGGUAGCAUUGAGCUUUGUAUUUUGGAAAUUGGACAAUCAAUCCAUGUUGAUGCUUUCAAAGUUGGUUUAAACACAGAUAAGUUUACUGGUUCUUCUUUGGUUGGGUUAUACUCCAGAUGUGGACUAAUUGAUGAUGGAUUUCAGGCCUUUCAGGAGAUCCUUGAUAAGGAUGUCGUUGCUUAUACUGCUAUGAUUACAGGGUAUGCUAGUUUUCCUGGCUUUCCUGCUAAAAUGGCUUUCAGAAUUGCUUCUGAUAUGCAUAUAGAAGGUUUAUCUGCUAAUCGUGUAACAUUAGUUAGCUUGCUCCAGGUAGCAGGACAGUUAGAAGAACUUAGAAAAGGUCAAGCAGUCCACUGCUAUGCUAUGAAGAAUGCGAUUGAUCUAUCAGAUGAAGCUCUACAGACCGGCAUUAUUGACAUGUAUGCUAGGUGUGGAGCUUCACAUUUAGCUACUUCCAUGUUGAGGAAAAUGGAAAGAACCUGUAUUGCUUCAUGGAAUGCCAUGAUUUUUGGCCUCAUUCAAUGGGGCAAAAGUACCGAGGCAUUAGAGAUUUUCAAUGAUUUGGAGAAAGAAGAAAAAGUUUUCCCUGAUUCAAUCACCUUAUCAAACAUAAUUGCUGCUUGUGCUGAUAUAGGUUGUCCUUACCGAGUUAAAGAUAUCCAUGGUUACCUUAUCAGAAGAGAUAUUUCACCUGACUUAGUUGUGGUCACUUCUCUUGUUGAUUUGUAUUCUGAAUGUGGUGAAAUAGGGUAUGCCAGAAAGCUAUUUGAUGAAAUAGUUGUAAGAGACACUGUGUUGUAUAAUGUUAUCCUAUCUGCUUAUCUUCGGGACAAAAAGGUUGAUAUGGCCAUUAAUUUGUUCCGAAGAAUGUUUGAAGAAGGUAUCCAUCCUAAUUCUGUGACAAUGGUAAGUUUUCUUUCAGCAUUUUCUGAUAUAACAUAUACCAAGCUUGGCAAGUGGAUUCACGGAUUCAUAUUAAGGUAUGAUCUAAACUCAAAUUUAGAUGUUUGUAACCAGAUUCUGCACAUGUAUGCUAAAUGGGGAUGCAUUAAUACUGCAAGAAACAUUUUUGAAUCCAUGAUUAAGAAAGAUUUAGUUUCAUGGACAAUAAUGAUGAUGAGUUAUAUGGACUGUGGUCAUGUAGACAAAGCUGUUCUUUUGUUUCGACUAAUGCAGCAAGCACAAGAGAAACCUGAUUCUGUCAUUCUUAUUACAAUACUUAAAGCACACAUGGAACUAGGAAAACUGGCAACGGUGAAGGAAAUUCACGGUUACAUUUAUCGAAUUCUUUUGGAGAAAGACUGUGCCACCAAGAAUUCAGUUAUCAUUGCUUAUGCAAAAUGUGGAAGGUUGGAUAUGGCUGACACUGUAUUCAAUUGUAUGGGGAAAGAAAGUCUGACGUCAUGGAACACAAUGAUUGGUGCGUAUGGAAUUCAUGGAUAUGCUGAAGAGGUCUUGAAGCUAUUCUAUGAAAUGCAAAAGAAAAAUGUAAGUCCCGAUGGGAUGACAUACACUUCAGUGCUCUCUGCUUGCAGCCAUUGUGGCUUAGUUGAAGAAGCUUGGCAUGUCUUUAAAGUCUUGAAUGCAGAUCAUUCUGUUUCUCCCUCUGAGGAGCACUACAACUGCAUGGUGGAUCUAUUGGGUAGGGCAGGCCAACUUGAAGAAGCUUAUGAUUUGGUUAACCAUUAUCCAUUGAAGAAUAAGCUCAAUGCACUGUGUGCUUUGCUUGGUGCUUGUAAAUUUCAUAAAAAUAUGAAAAUCGGAGAGGUCGUUGGCAAGGAACUCCUAAAGCUACAGCCCCAUAAUCCAGGUAUUUAUUCACUGGUUUCAAACAUGUAUUCUGAGGCUAGUAUGUGGAAUGAAGCCACCAAUCUAAGACAUAAGGCUAGAGUGAAAGGUUUGAGGAAAAAUCCUGGUUGUAGCCUACUAAACUUAGAUGAAUAUGCCGUGGGGAUUUGAAUUGAGCAAUCAAAACAUCUCCAACAGACAUACUUGGAGGAGUAUCUGCAUUUGGAUCUAAAUUGCAUCUACAGAUACUGAUCAGUGCGAUAAAAAACUGUGAACACUCCAUGGCACAUAAUUCUUUUGUUGUUACAUUUUCAGGGAAGCCUUAUUUCCUAUCAUUGCCUCUACUUUAAUGCUACUAGAAUUACCAUUUGGUCCUUACUAAAUUAUGCCAAUUUUUUAGCCAAUACUGCAGGCUAGAGUUAGUCAGAAACUUUACUCUUGAUGUGACAUAAGCAUUCAACAUAUUAACAUAAUUUGGAAGGAGAGGUAAGCUCCCUUUUGCAUGAUUCAAAGGGUUCAACCAUGGAGAGGUUUGACAAAGUUGGAAACUCUCAAGCUAAGGAUGUGUUGGUUAAGGUUGACACUUAUGGUUCAAAAGGCAGUGGAGUAAUCCAACAACCAUUAACCUCUCCUAAUACCCUUAUAUUUCCUUUGCUUAUCAGACUUAAUCCUAUUAAUGUCUGUAUAUGUGGUAAAAGAGUUUCAUAUGAAGGUUAUGAGCAAUGAUAUUGAUUCUCA